AUGAACAAUGGGAAGAGUUUAUCAUUAGAAAUUCCCAACUUUUUGGAGGAGGAAAAUUCCCCGGCUACUCGCAAAAUAAAACGAUUAGAAAAAGAAGUUUUGGCGAAGCAAAAAGAAAUAAAUUUUCACUCUAAGCAAGCAACUAACUAUUGCGAAAGAUUACAAUCAUUAGAAGUAGAAUUGAAAGAUAAGGACCAACAAAUAUCCGGAUUAAAAUCUGUUAUUCAGCAACUAAAAGAAGAAACUAGCAAAUUACUAACUGAAAAAGAUCAACAAAUAUCAGUUUUAACUAGGGAAUUACAAGAUAGUCGCUUAGUAAGUGAUUUGUUAGAAACUGAUAAUACUUGA